CGCUCUUCGCCGUCGUGACAUCACGGAAGCGCCCGAGUGGGAAGCCACCAGUGGAGGAGCUGGAAAAGACGGAAAAGAGGGAAAGACAGUAAAGGAUACACUGGAGACACGAGAGACAGAGCGUUUCACCUCGGCUGUUACGUUACGGAGCUCACUUAGAGGUUUGACAGCAGUAGAAUAUAUUAAGCGGACAACCGACUGGCCUUUUUGUUGCACACAGCUUAUUUCACAACCGAGGGGCAGCAGCGUUAACACAGCCGCAGUGAUCUCAUCAUCCCAGGCCUUGUGGACUAACUAACUGCCUUUAUUCAAAAGGGUGCCCUAUUGAUUUCUGCUCUCUAACAAAGCCCAUGGAUUAAAGCGAGGGUGCUGGGAAGGUCUUGAUCACAGCUGUGCUAACACUGCAUCAGGAUAUUUCAAGUCAAGAAGGACUACACUAGAAGAUUGGCAGGAAUUCAGUGUUUUCAGCUGUUAAUUUAGUGUUUCAGAAUUUUUUCCUAGACAUCCAUCAUACAUUGUUUGCUUCAUGUAAUUUUGAGCAUGUUGUAAGUGCAUAGGCUCCUAACUGUGUUUUCUUUAGGGAGAGGCUUUCCUCAGGACUUUUUGGAAACAUUUUUUAUCCACUUCACUGAUUAAUUUGACCCAGACGCUCUUGCAUCUCUACACUGUACAUCCCAUUUCGACUCACCAUGUAUGGUAGCUCACGUUCUAUCUCAAAGUUGGAUGUUUUUGGAUCCAAUGGUAAUGGGUCAGUGUCUGUGAGCCCUGGUCGCUCUCCACGCCUCCCACGCUCCCCAUGCCUUGGACACCGGAGGAACAGCGGCAGCAGCUCCACUGGUGGACUUACUGGCUCUGGUAAAACGCUGUCCAUGGAGAAUAUUCAGUCACUUAAUGCUGCCUACGCCACAGGAGGUCCAAUGUACUUCACUGACACAGGGGAAGACCCGGUCAGCAUUGGGAGCCUGGGCAGUGGGCUGAAUCCUUCGCUGCCCAAAAGCACCAUGACCCUAGGGAGAGCUGGGGUCAGGGUCCCCUAUGGGGUCAGGGCAGCUGUUAUGGGCAGCAGUCCUAAUAUAAACACUGGAGGAGGAGGGGGGGGUGGUGGUGGAGCGGUCACAUCCAGUGAUGCAAUAGCGUUUGGCGGUGAGAUACAAAACCAGCCUUCGCAGGCGGCUACUGUUCCCCACUCCAUGAGACAGGUUAGAGAUGGUGCCAUGUCAGACCUACAGACACAGCUGAGAGAAGUGCUGAGAGAGAACGAACUAUUGCGCAGAGAACUGGAGGCUAAAGAGUCCAAGCUGAGCUCUUCUAUGAACUCCAUCAAGACAUUUUGGAGUCCAGAGCUGAAGAAAGAGAGAGCACUCAGGAAGGAUGAAGCCAUGAAAAUGAGCAUGUGGAAGGAACAGUACCGAGUGGUACAGGAAGAAACACAGCAUCUUCAGUGCACCAUCCAGGCUUUACAAGAUGAGCUGCGAAUUCAGCGAGAUCUCAAUCAGCUCUUCCAGUCCGAUUACUCUGAGUCAGGUCGCCUCGGAAACCAGCCUAUCCCCCCUCAGGAAAUGACAGAGGAGAACUUCCUGCAUCUGCACGGCGAGUAUGAGCGACAGGUCAAAGAACUCUUCCUCCUGAGGAAGACUGUGGAAGAAAUGGAGCUGAGGAUAGAUACACAGAAACAAACACUAACUGCCAGGGAUGAGUCAAUAAAGAAGUUACUGGAAAUGUUGCAGAGUAAAGGCUUGUCAUCACGGGCAACCGAAGAGGACCACGAACGUACGAGGCGACUGGCUGAUGCUGAGAUGACUAUCCACCAACUGGAGGGCCUACUGGAACAAAAAGACAAGGAGAUGCUACAACUCAGAGAGGAGCUGCACAGGAGAUACGAAGCAGCUCCAGAGUCAACAAAGACAAAAGCCCUGCAGACAGUCAUUGAAAUGAAGGAUGCAAAGAUCAGCUCCCUAGAGCGUGGUAUGAGAGAGCUAGAGGAGGAAGUGAGCAUGCUCAAGUCCAAUGGAGCUCUGAGCAGCGAGGAGAGGGAGGAGGAGAUCAAGCAGAUGGAGGUCUACAGAUCCCACUCCAAGUUCAUGAAAAACAAGAUGGACCAGGCAAAGCAGGAGCUGAGUCGUAAGGACAGUGAACUGUUGGCUUUCAGGACCAAACUGGACACUCUGAACAACCAGUUUUCUGACAGUAAACAACAUGUGGAUGUACUCAAGGAAUCGCUCACUGCCAAGGAACAGAGAGCUGCCAUACUACAGACUGAGGUGGAUGCCUUGCGGCUCCGUCUGGAAGAAAAGGAAUCUCUUCUUUCUAAAAAGAGUCAGCAGAUAUCAGAGCUGACAGAUGAAAAAAGCAGUCAGGCAGGCGAGAUCACCGACCUCAAAGACAUGCUGGAUGUCAAGGAACGCAAAGUUAAUGUACAGCAGAAGAAGAUAGAAAACCUGCAGGAUCAGCUGAGGGAUAAAGAGAAACAGCUGAGCGGUCUGAAAGACCGAGUUAAGUCUUUACAGGCAGACACCUCUAACACUGACACAGCACUGGGAACACUGGAGGAGGCUCUGGCUGAGAAGGAGCGAAUCAUAGAGCGGCUAAAGGAGCAGCGAGACAGGGAGGAAAGAGAAAAGGGGGAGGAGAUGGAGUCCAGCAAGAAGGAGCUAAAGGAGUUGAGGGAGAAAGUCUCCCAGUUGCAAGCUGACCUGGCUGACCGUAAGACAUCUGUGUUGGAUCUGAAGGAGAAGGCCUCCUCUCUGGCCUCCUCAGCUCUGAAGAAGGACAACAGGCUGAAGACUCUGGAAAUCAGCCUGGAGCAGAAGAGAGAGGAGUGUGUCAAACUGGAGAACCAGCUCAAAAAGGCCCAGAGUGCAGCAGCAGAGUCCCAGGCCCACAGUGAACUCUCUGAAAACAUCUCUUCCCUGGAGCAGGAAGUGAUCCGGUACAAAGAAGAUGCUGGGAAAGCCCAGUCCGAGGUGGAACGACUUCUAGAGAUCCUGAGGGAGAUGGAAAAUGAAAAGAAUGACAAGGAGAAAAAGAUCCAUGAACUCGAGAGUCUUGCCUCAAGUUGUUUUGAUGUAGAGAUAAGGAACUCAACCACUGCCAAAUGUCUGACAUCAAGGCAGAUGAAGGACCAGUCAAAGAAGGUGUCCAACCUGAAACACAAGGAGCAGCUAGAGAAGAGCAGGAACACCCAGCUGAUGGAAGAGGCCAAAAAGAGAGAGGACAACCUGAACGAAAGCUCCCAGCAGAUAAAGGAUACCAUCCGUCUGAAGGAGGAGCGCAUUGAGGAGCUGGAGGAGGCACUGAGGGAAAGCGUUCAGAUCACUGCAGAGAGAGAGGUGGUGCUCGCCCAGGAGGAGCAGGCACGCACACGGGCUGAGAAACAGAUGGAAGACUUGCUGGUUGCCAUGGAUAAGGUGAAACAAGAACUGGAGGUGAUGAAAGCUAAGCUGUCAUCAACUCAACUCUCACUGGCCGAGAAGGAAGGUCACUUGAUUGCCCUGCGGGCUGAGAGGCGGAAGCACCUAGAGGAGGUCCUGGAGAUGAAGCAAGAGGCGCUGCUGGCAGCAAUAAGUGAGAAAGACGCUAACAUUGCCCUGCUGGAGCUCUCCUCGUCCAAGAAGAAGAAAACCCAGGAGGAGGAGGGAACAGUGAGGGAGGAGAAAACAAGGUUGUAUCAACAGAUUCAAAGACAGACUCAAAACCGGAUGAAGCUGAUGGCAGAAAACUAUGAGGACGACCACCUCAAGCUCUCGUCGCCAAACUCAGAGCAGCCCAACAAUCACAAGCCCUCCCCAGACCAGGACGAUGAGGAGGGUAUUUGGGCCUAGCCAAUCACAUGCCUUCUUUUCCCCCCUCGGUUCACCAUUUUGUACAGAAGGAUUCUCUCUCCUCUCCUGGAUCUCCAUCAGAAUUGCAGUAAACUGAAGCUGUACAUCAGUCACCUGACCUCACUGUGUCAGGAGCGAGA